UCUGCACCUCUGGAGCUACUUUUGAUUCUUUGAUAAACACACAAAUUCAGACGAGAAAAGUCCUUUGUUUUUGUUUUUAAUCAUCAAAAAUGAGCUCAGAUGUGUUGGUGUCCAGGCCACACUAUGACGGUAGAGCUGUGGCUCAGGGGGUCCAAGAAAAGGACCCUCCAGUACAGCUGGAGGUCCCACAGCCAUCCUCGGGCUCAGCCACAGCAGGGUACCGGUCCGCUAAAUACACCCCGCUAGAGUGGUUCUCCAACUACCACACCAUCCUUCAGCAGGCAGGAACCGACCGAUAUCAAGCCCAGAGCAUCCAAAGAGAGUCCAAAAGUCUGUACCAGGACGCUGAGUCAGCCACUCUGAGGACCCAGGCUGAGGGAACCCGUUUUCUAGGGGACAGGCUACAAGAGAUCCACCACUGGAAGUCAGAGCUGCAGCGGCACAUCGAGCAGCUGCUGGCUGACACUAAAGCACUGCAGGGGCUGAAGACAAGGCUGGAGAAAGCACUGGACGCCACUGAGACGCCGUACGCCAUCGCAACAGAUAAUCUGAACUGCAGGGCAAGAAGACUGGGACCAGACCUGGUCAGAGACUCUGUGGAGGAUGAGCUGCUGAAGGAAGUGGAUUUAAUACGGAGCAUCCAGGCUCUUCUGAAGAGAACUACAGCUCAGGUCGUCAGUCAGAUCAAGAUGAACGGAGAGGCAAAGCAGACAUUAGAGAUGGACUGGUCUGAUAAGUACCAGGCCUACAACUUUGAUGACCACAGUGGGAGAUACAGUAACAUGAGCCCAGACACACAACACCACCCCAGCUCAGCCGCCAUGCAUGACCAGGUGAGUAACCACACAGCAUGGACCAAGUUUACUCAGGACAACCUCUCCAAGGCCUUACAAGAAGAACAGGCCACCCACAAUCUCAGAUUGCUGGUGGAGCGUGUGCUGCAGGACACCACAGACGACCUGAGAGUCCAGUGCUCCAGCGUGAACCGAGCCUUCAGCCUUCGCUGUGAGGAGCUGAUCGAGGCCAGGACCCAGCUGGAGAUGAAGCUUGCACAGAUCUUGGAGCAGAUCGGGGCCCAGGAGAGGAACAUUGUAUCCCUGCAGCAGGCCAUCCACAACAAAGAGGCCCCACAGAGAGUCGCCCAAUCCAGGCUUUACCUCCGCUCCCUCAGACCCAACAUGGAGCUCUGCAGAGAUGAACCCCAGCUCAGUUUGGAAGGGGAGGUGCAGCAGAUUGAUGCCACUCUAUCAUCUCUGCACCAGCAGCUGAGUGAGGCCAGAAGCUCGCUGGCCCACCUGGAGGAGUCACGCGUUACAGUUGAGAAAGACAUAAACUGUAAAACCCACUCGCUGUUCAUCGAGAGAGACAAGUGCAUGACUCACCGUAAACGAUACCCAACCGUCUCCACGCUGUCCGGUUACUGAAGACCAGAGUCUGUGCAAAGUUGCAUUUGGUUUUGCGAUAUUUUACAAUAGGUUAAAGUUUUAAAAAUAAAAGAUAAUGUAUUCUCUUGGAUCUGUAAGAUAAUCUCUUAUCAAGAAAGUGUGGAAAACAACUACAGUUAUGAUCACACUCACA